AUUUCAGGGCGUGAAAUGCAGCAGAAAGAUCUUCAGACCAGAGAAGUGUUUUCAGCUGCUCAACCUGAAAGUGAGAGCUUCACUCAGCGUAACUCACUCUUCAACAAAGAAGCUCUGCAGGCGGAAGCAUGGAUCAGAAGCAAACUGCAAGACCUAAAGGAUGGGUGGGAUGUUCAGUACUGCCCCCUGCAGGACUGGGAGGAAGCUUCGCAGACGCUUCAGCGAGACAUGAAGGAUUUUGAGAACACCCUGAUCCAGCUCAACCAGAUGGGGGAGCAGCUGGUCUGCAGGCUGAACCCCAUGUCGGACCUGGUGAGGAAGCAGCUCUGUCAGCUCCGGGACCAGUGGCACGCCCUGAAACAGACGGCGGCCAAUCAGACGCGAGCUCUGGGCGGAGCCAGGAGCCUGCAGGAGUUCAACACGAAGGUGGAGAAGCUGGAGGCAUGGAUUAAAGAGAAGCAGCAGGAAGAAGAACGGUCUCCGGUGAGCCUCCUGGAGGAAAACGCUGACAAAAUGCAGCUGACCAGGAAGAUUCUUGAUCUUAAACAGGAUGAGCAGCUGCACAGAAACCUUCACGAGGAGAUCAACAACUUGGCUCUGAAACUGGAGAAACACGGGAAGACAGACGGCAAAAACCUCUCCAGCAAAAGGAAACACAUUAAUAAAAUGUGGCUGAAGGUCCAGUCGCAGCUGAAAAACUACCACAGAAACCUUCAGCUGGCUCUCGAGGUGUCGACAUUUCACCAGCAGGCUGAUAACGCCUUAGAGGCUAUAAACAAGAUGAGGAAAAGCAUCACAUCAUCCAGAGAGCUGGACAACUUCGGUGACAGAGACAUUCGAGACAUUGCCGGUCAAAUCAUGAUGCUGGACGUGAGCGUGUCCCAGCUGCCUCACCUCCAUCCUGCUCUGGCUGCCAGCGUCAAACAGAAACAGGCUGAGGCCAAAGUCUGCUGGGCUCGUCUUCAGAGAGAGUUAAGGGCCGACAGGACGGCACUUUCUGCAUCUGGAUCUGCUUUCACCAGGGAAGACGUUGACCUCCUGACGACGGCCGACGGACCCCGAUGCAACGUGGGACCSGAGACUCGUGGGGCCGUGGGAAAAYAGGCGAAGGUGGAGCAGAAUUGUUUGAGUGCUGUUGAGUGCGUGAGAAGCCCACAAACACAGAGCAGCCGAAGCCGGGAGCAGAACCCGACGAGCCACACCUCAUCACCAGAGGCCGUCACCAGAUAUCAGCUGAAGGAGGAAAGCAGAAAGCCCAGGACCCCCGCUGGUCCACAGAACCACCUGCAGCUUCAGAAGUUCACCGUGUCUGCUGACAAGACUUUGUCUUGGCUCAAAGACAACGUGACCAUGGCCACUCAGGUGUGCUCCAUAGCCAGCUCCAAGGGUCUGGAGGCGGCCAGGGGGUGUCAGCACGCCCUCCAACAGGAAAUCCUCAACAACCGAGCCAGGAUCGAGGUGGUCAAGAGGGAGGGCCACGGGCUGGUCCGCGCUCAGCACCCGGGCAGCUCGAGCAUCGAGGAGUUCCUCGGCCAGCUGGAGGUCCUGUGGGAAGAGCUGAGGAGGAGGCACCAGAGGAACGCUGCGUUCCUGCAGGCCUCGGAGAAGCUGGGCUUCAGGAUUGUGAAAGUGCUCCAAGCCCUGGGCAGCCUGGAGGCCUGGCUGGAGUCCGUGGAGCUCUCCAUGAAGGCGUCUGCGUUAGCCGGCGACCCCGAGACCAUGAGGGCGGCGGAGCGGGAGAGCUGCCUGCUGGAGAAGGAGGUGGCGGCCCGCGGGCCGGAGCUGGCCGCCCUGAGGCAGGAGGCGGACCGCCUCCACGGCCACGCGCACCCGCACAUCCAGGGGCUGCCGGCGCGCGUGGACGAGGUGGAGAGAAAGUACCACUGCGUGCUGAGCGCCCUGAGCCAGCAGAAUUCUGAGCUGAGGGACACGCGCAUGCUGACCGAGUUCCUGGAGCGCGUGGAGCUGGAGGAGAGCCAGGAGCUGGAGGGGAGUCCGUUUAGUCUCGGACAGCCUCUCCACAGAGACGUCUCCUCAGACCCUGCUUUGCUCGGACCCCAGGGCGGCUGCGGUGGUGAGGUCCUGGUAGAGAUCYUGGGCGACCCGGUGGAGGAACUCCGAGAGGCCGUGGAGAUGCUGAACGACACGGCGAGGGAACGGGGUCGAUCGCGAAGCCACGAUCAGGCCGUCCAGGAGCUGCUGAGCAAGCACUCCAGCCUUCUGGUACGAGUGGAGAAGAGCUUGUGCAGCAGCAAGGAGCUGAGCCUGGAGAUCCUGGAGGAGCAGACGGACCUGGCCGUGCAGUGUGAGCCGGACCGCUGCAGCCUGGAGGCUCUGCAGGAGAGGCAGGACCACCUGGAGGUGGACUGUGAGGUCAUAACGGAGGACCUGAAGGAGGUGGAGGACCUGGCGUCCCGCUUGGAGGAGCUGUGCCCGGAGAGGGUGCGCGUGUUCAGGUCCAAGAUCCAAGCCACGCUGGAGGCCCGGAACGAGCUGGAAAAGAGCGUGACGGAAAACAAAUCACAUCUGCGGGAGUUUGUGCAGCUCCGGGACUUCUUCAGGAGCUACCUCGCUGUGAUAUCGUGGACAGAAGACACGAGGUCACGCAUUUUCUCCGACGCCACUCUGCACCUUGGGAGAGACAGCCAGGGACCGGAGCUGGACGUUCAGAUCGAGCAAAAGUUUCAGGAGUUUGAUGAACUGGACGUCGCAGGGAGGACUCUGCUGGACAAAGACCACCACCUCACGCAGAUGGUGAGAGAACGUAUGGAGGAGCUGAGGAGCAUGCUGGGAUGGAUCUCGGUGCACUGGAGGGCUCAGAAACAGACGAGGCUUCACAAACAGAGGGAGGCGUCGUCACAAGAAAACAUUUACUCUGAGACUUCACCACCUGAACUUGAGGACCUGCAGCCCUCCGAGUCAGAAACUGUCAGCAUUCGUGAAAAUCCACCAAAAGCAGCCACAGGUAGCCGCCCCCAAUCCUCUGUGCCUGAACAGCACAACGAGGGGAGGUCAGAGGAUGGGUACGAGGUCAUGAACAGGAUCAGACCUCGGGCCGAGUCUCUCAAAGCAGACAUCACGGUGCUAAAGGAGGGCAACAGCCCCACGACGGGGGGCGCAGUCAACCUCAUACUCAGCUUUAAUAACACGGGGGACAGCCAGGUGCAGGUGCUGGACCUGCCCUCCAGGACUGACCUGAAGAUGGAGACUUCUGAGCCUCUCCACAGGCCCUCUCUGCCUCAACCCUCUCCCUGUAAAAGCUUUUGGAGGCGCUGCCAGGGGCUUUUGGAAAACACUUUGGGUAGUUUAAAGCGAAAGAAAAAGGUUUAUCGGCAGAGUGCGAACGAGGUAAGUACCUACCUGCAUGUGGGGGAUAACCUGACUGUUGCCCCGGUAUACGAGAGCAUCACCCUCCCCUUCCAAAAGAGAGUCUCGGCCUCGCCUGCGCCGUCCUCCUCAAUGCCCGAACCACAAACGACCAACGUAACCUUCUACCCCACAACGGGAACCAACGUCGGCGGAGGCUCAAUUUUCAGCAGCCUGAAGAGGAUGAGCAAGAAGAGGAAGAGGAAGAGAGACGUACGCAGACAUACGAUACAGAAAAUCAUGGGAGUGGACGAGCAGGCGAUGCACCACGACCGCGAGACGAUCACGUACGACACGCAAACAUGGCCGCUGAAGGAGGCUCGAAGGAAGAAGAGCUCAGAGAAGAGAAGAGAUGGGGUGGAGGGCUACGUGAAGAAUCCUCUGCUGACUGAUAUCGACACGGAGUGUUUGGGAGACAGCAUCACUCCGUACGCCGUGUCGGCGAACCAGGUCAAAGGUCACUGCAGAUUCCUCUCGUUGGGCUCGGUGUUGAGCUUUGAUCUGCCAAAGGACAUGACCCACAUCCCUAGCAUCCAGGAAAUCAUUACCAUCGCCCCUCCAGAGGCCAAAAACAGCGAUGUGGGCGCUCCGUCGCAGAGAAACACAGUCCUGAGCUCCUUCAGACACACCCGCCUCGCUUUGGCCAAAGCUGGACCUCCAACGUCUUGUUCCUUUGGAGAAAACGAGGAUCGAACCGUAUCGGAUAUCGAGAUAAAUCCAGCUGAAAGAGAUGAAACGAGCCAACCUAUUUAUGAGAACCAAGCCUCGGAUUCAGAUCCUCACAAACACAAGUGCCUUAGUGUCCGCACCCUCAUCCGCGACCUGAAUGGACACCAGAACAACCAGUGCAAGCAGGACGACAGUCCCCAAGUUCAGUCAAGCCAAUCGUCUCACAUGAGAGUGAAUCUGAAGUCCACGAUGAGCGUCAACAUUCGGCAGGACUCUGUAGACCCUGGUAGCUUCAGGCUUUGCUCUAACGCUGCGUCUUUAGACCACCUGCGACCCAAAGGAGUUGUGGGGCGGCUGGUUUCUCUUGAACUGGGAGGGAUAGACUGUUCUAAAACCAGAGAAAAUGAUGCAACGACCCAAGAAGCAGCAGAUCCAGUUCGCCUCGAUCACCAGCAGUUUCAGGAAGAGGAAGAAGAGCUGSAGGACAUCUGGAACCGGACUCCGAGCUACAGGCAGAGCAUCUGCUCAGAUAUCAUGUACCAGCACAACCAGGAGGAUCUGAUGGUGUCGGACCAAAGCGAUAAGACACUUUGCUGCUCGUCCACAACAYCAACAAACCAACCGGUGCUUUACAGAAACCUGGUCACGGCCUCAGCACCAAACCUCUUUAUAGCAGAGUUCAAACUGCCGUCUCACGUUCAGAGUGACGAAGAUCUCCUUCCUCCUCGGGCCGGAGGAGAGAGAAGAUCUUGGGCUGCUUUUCCCAACAGGGAACCAUCCAGUCAGAGCUCAGUGGUGAUGAACGAGACGGCGUCCGACACUGUGAAGCUGCCAGAUGUGGGGGAAAAUCCCAGAUACAUUUAUCAGUACAGAGAGGAGGAAGAGGAGGAGGAGGAAGAGCUCACAGGMUGCUUAAAGGACCAGUCAAUAAAUCUMUCUGUCUGUUUGGAUCAGCAAAACCUGGAGAAGCAGCAGGAGCAGAAGACCACAGGGGGGCGCUGUUUCAUUUUGAGUGGAAAACCUGAACUGCAGUCCAUGGAGGGAACCCUUGAGAGGAAACACAAYCUGCAGCUGGGAGGAAAGAAAGCAGCCUCCAGAGGCUGGAACUCCUUCCACACUGUCCUCCACAGACACACCUUGUGCUUCUUCCAGGACAGAAAAGACACGCUGCGAAGCUCUGCCUGUGGACUCCCAUUAAACCUGACAGGAGCCGAGUGCUCGCCUGCCCCAGAAUACUCCAAAAAACCAAACUGCUUUCGAUUACG